AUGUGUUGUGUUUGGUUGGAACCUCCCCCCUGCUCCAGACCUCUGACCUCGGAUGAUCAACCACCACUACCACUUCAUGGCGGGGGCAUGGACGACGACGACGACGAUUACGGGUCCGACGAGUUCGACUCCCUCCCAGCAGGUACGCUGUAUGAGCUCGAACAAAAUGCUUUUCAAGCAACACAGGCCUCAGCACGCCCGGUGACCCCCGUUCUGCCAACCCAGCCUGACCGGCCAUCCUUCAAUGGAGCCCUGAAACCGCCCCGCUUGCACACCGGAUUGACCAACGACUACAAUACGCUUGAGGUCGGGGAACUGGAGGCCGAAGUCUACGACAAUGUCGAAGGGCAACACAUGGUUUCGCAUGCCCAUGGGCUCGAGCCGGAUCAAACAUGGGCUGCUCCAGACCAGCCAGGCGAUGCAAUGGAGGUGGACGAAUACUCCGCUCUCGCGAAUGCGGCAGAUAUCAAUGCGCGAUUAGCUCAGAUGGAACAAGAGAGAGAGCAAAUGAUGCGCGAGCUGGCCGAGGCGAGGAUGCAAGUGGAGACCAAAACCGGGGAAAUAUCGAUCAUUCGCAGGAAACAAGCGACAAUGACUCAAGAUUACGACCGGCAGCUGGCCACUCUGCGGAAAUCCAUGGCCGAUGAGAUGGCGAAGCACAAACAAGACGUCGAGGCAGCGAUGUCUGAGGGCAAGGUCCUGGCGACGGAGAACGUCUUCCUCCAGCAUGAGCUUGCCGAUGAAGCUUAUCAACAUCGAAGCUACAAGUCAAAGCAGCGGGCUGAGAGGCCAGCUCCGGAGACCCCUCGAAAAUCCCGAGUGCUUCCCUUCCGGGAUGGGUUCGACGACGACGAGAUUGCUAUGGUAUCGCCCAGUAAGUCUGCGGCACGUUCCAAGCGUGCCACGCCGACGGUUCCUGGUAAACGGAAACGCCAAUUAAGUCAAGACGGUGCCGUGCCUUUGCAACUAAGUCCCGCUGGUGGGGAGCUUGUCAUGACAGAUGCCCCUGCAGACGUGUCCGAGGUUGAGGUUGCGGAGGUGAAGCGCAAGGCUGCGGAGGCGAGCCGUCACCAGCGGUUCAUGAUGCAACUGCUGAGCCAUCGCGCCAUUGUAGGCGAAGAAACUGAUUUUGAGGCUAUGGUCAAGCUUGCAUUUCCCUCAGAACCGCAAAUCCCCAUGUCAAGCAUCAUCAUGGAUGCCAUGGCUCAUGUGGACCCGAGCAGCUACAUAUUAGAAUAUACUCUAACGAUUGCCUCUAUGUGGCAACGUGCUAUCAACGAAAAGUUCUACGAACCUAUCCCCAGAUUCGAGGCUAUCAUACGAUAUAGCUUGAUGUCAGAUGACACUCCACUACCAGAACUCAUCACGCCUCUAGUAGGUGUGCUGCAAGAUGCCGUGGAAAUCAAUGCGGUUCCUCGCUUCAAAUAUGCCCCAGCAUCCCGAGACAAACGAGCCAGUCGUCAAACCCCACAAUCAGAUCUACAACCUCUGGUCAACUCAACCGGGGCCAUGCGUCUACUUUACCAGAUCGCCUGCGGGGUGUUGCAUGUCCAGAGUGCAAUGGAAACAUACUGGCAAAACAUCCGCAUAUCUUUCAUACUUGUGAUGCUACACCCGUCCCAUCCACUCAGUGACAUAGUUCUUCUCAUGAACCUCCUAUCAACAAGCAUCCGGUCCAACUCCUUUGGCCCAAUUCGGUCAUCCGACCAGGACCAGCUUGACGUUCAGAAAUGGAUCGUGGAUCGUUUGACCCACAUGCUCAGCGAGCCAGCCAUCCCCGAUGAAGGUGUCGAUCCAUACACUCCAUAUGACAUAUGUGCAAUGCGGCUCGAAGUUCUUUUACUGCUAGAGUCUCUGGCAUUCAACCCCAUGGCUCCAUCCCAGGGCCAAGGACACGCAAGUACCAUCCUGGCAUUACACCCCAAUGCCUUGGCGCGUUUGUUCAGAUCUUUGCACGAUGAGCUAGACGCAUUGUACUCUUCUCCGCCUGAAGCAGACUUGCGCGUUGCUUUGGUCAAUGGGUUGAUGCGGCUGAUUUUCGGUGUCAUGCGCCAACAUGGAUCGUCCAUCAACAUGCAAGAGAAACUGGCAUGUGUUCCCGGUAGUAAACAGAAGCACCUCGUGGUUUUGACUCGGUUGGCGUUCUGCGAUGGAACGGUACUCGAGGCUGGCAUUGAUGACGACACGGUUGAUAUGGCGCACGAACUACUUGAGGAGUGGACGAAUCCACAAGAAGCGGAUUCGUUAGCAGAGGUAUUCUCGAGCUCAAGGCGGGAGUGA